CGUGCACAAGACUCCGACGCGUGAACGCGCACAGAAUCCCGAACUUAUCGCGAUACGAUAGAAACAAAUAAUUAAAUUUCGAACGGUUUUCUUUUUCAUGAAAACAUUCGUGUUAAUUCACUCAAGUGCUGUUACGUGAGUUGUUACAGUUUUUCUCUCCAGUUAACUCAGGUUUUUCAGUCGACUUCAUUCAGUUACAACACAAAAUGUCUUGAUUACUGAAUUAGUGUUAUAGAGUGAAAAUAUGAAUUGUGAGUGCGAACAGCUGAGUGUCGGUGUCAGUUUGUAGGGUCAAGUGAACGUUGAAAUAUGGCAGAUUCCGAGAGAAGACGAUUGGCUGCAACAGCCGCCAUCUUACUGAUUGUCUUCUGGUCUCAAUGCCGAGGCGUGGAGGCGCAGAGAAAUAGCACAAAGAUGUCGUACGUGUGUCCGCCUUCUUUUAUCCGGCUCGGACACAGCUGCUAUUUCUUCAGUGAUACUGAAGCCACGUGGCAGAAAGCGCUCUUCGCCUGCAAGGAUCGAGAUAGCAAUCUUACAGUGCCAGCUCGUUGGGAGGAUAAGAAUCUUCGAAACUACCUUAACAAAAAAUCGAUCAAGAAAUAUAGUCGUUGGAUCGGAGGAAUAUACGAUUCCGGCGAUAAGGAAUGGAAAUGGGGCGGCGAGCUUCGGAAGAUGCACUACCAGUCCUUCUCAAAAAUGAAAAAGAUGUCACCCCAGGAGCUGCAGUGGCACUGCAUCGCUAUGAUCCCCGAAAUGCAGUACAGAUGGGCGCCACGUCUCUGCAUAGAGCCUCGCCACUACAUCUGCAAAACGAAACUCCUCAAAAUGCCCAAAUCCAAAGUGAAGGACAUCCGCCGCCGCUGGCAGAGAAUGGGCAAGAUCAACGAAAUCGCGGCCCAGAGCGUCAGCCGCGAGGUCAACGACCCUAUGAUGGUUAAUGAUAUGAGGGUUAACCCAGUUGUGAGCCCCAAGUCGUAUGACUUGCAACCGACCAACGGUAGGAACGGACCGAAACGCAAUAGGAACAGAAUCAACUCGACGCGCAAAUCGAAAUCAAAUGGUCACGGAAUCAAUGAGCUGCGGAGGAGGCGACCCGUCCGGAGACGGCUCAAGAGACCAUUCCCAGGUUACACGUGGAACAGACACGACCCCGAGGGCUCGUACCAGCGCAACGCCAUGCUGCUUCGCUCCGGGCGCACGGGACUGAGCCCGCAGCAGAUCAACACGCAUCUAGCGCGCCUCGAGCACCUCCGCAACAAGCAGCUAGCGCGCGCCGCCCGCCGCCGCCGCCUGCAAGCGCACGCCGACGACUGGCUCGUCAACAAGCCGCCGCUGGCGCAAGCGCACGCGCGCACUUACACCGUGAACAACAACAUCAGCGCUCUGCACCCCAAGACCAUCGUGGAAGAGUUCGACAUGCUGCUCCCGCCGGAGACCGCCCCCGCGCCUCAUACCCCCGCGACCCCCUGAUUCCUAGUAGACAUAAGCUUUUAUUUCCCGCUCGCUUUAACGAUUACGCAACCUUCCCUUAACACGUCCGCGACGUUUCUCACUCUCUCUCUCUUCGAGUGACACAAACUCUUUACGUGUUAAGAUCUACUGUGUUCUUCUUCUCUUCGCUAUACAGAGUUGGCAGAACGCGACGAAAGUGUGAUGUGACGUUUUGUAUGUUUGUUUGUUUUUUUACAGUCAAAUAAUCACAUAAAAUAAUUUCAUCCGCUAAGCAUCUCGUCAUUCUCGUCCCGUGUCCGUUGAGUUUCGCGAAAUUGUAAGCCCACGUCACACGAUUGUGUUAGAAUCGCGAGUCUCAGUCGCCUUGCUAUGAGUGUAUAUACAUUUGUCUAUAUUCGUUUUUCUAUAACUUACAAGCUUAUGAUCCAGUGAGAGUUUUACUAGGAUUAUUUAGGUUUAGUUACCACUUUAAUAUUAUGUUCAAUGCAUACUUUUUGAUUGAUUAAAACUAUUAAAACAAAUCUGAGUUACGACGGCAAUCGCGUUCAAUCUUCAUUUAAUAAAAAAUGCAAUGAAUAUUUUAUAAAAAAGCCAUAUUUUAUUUAAGUACAUCUGUUUUGCUGCUCCUGUGAACAGAAUCAUCGAACAUGUCUUAUUAUUGUUAAUUAAAUAUUUAUUUCCGUAGUGCGUCGCUCUAGUGUCUAAUUAUAAAAAAACUAGUCAGUAAGAUUAUUAUGAAAAU